AUGGGGGCAAGCCCCUCCAAACAAACCCCACCUGGCGGGGACUCCAUCAACACCACCUAUCCCGCUACGACGGGCAGCCAUCAGAAUGCAUAUAAUGACAGACGCGUAAACCGCUGCACCUCCAUCCAUGCCCUCUCAGGCACAACAGGCACUGGCAGCAAAUCGUCCGCAGCCGAUCCCUCUGCCUCUCGCGAAAGUGCCACUGGCCAUCCGAUCCCGCACCGACACCAGGCCCCUGUCCAACACUGGUUGCAGUCCCGUAACCUCCCUGACUCCCCAAGACAUGACUCCCACCAGCACCAGCAAUUACGGCAUAAAAAUUCCAAACGACACCAGCGAGAAAACAGCGAUAAGCGCGAGUAUCUCCCUGCCCGCAGCCAGGGAGAACCAUCCCAAGCACCCACUAAAGCAGUCCCCGUCUCCUCCCCCCCGGACAGGGGUCAGGGGGCUGCCAGCAAUACAGGCGUCGUUACCAAUGUAGUUGCUCGUCACCAUACUGACGGGCACCAUGAGCAAUACACAUCCAUAGAACCUUCUGGUCCAACGCCGAGCGCCUACUAUGUAGCAUCGGCACACCUGUCACGUCCGCCGCGGCUGCCGUUGCCUAUUGGCGAUGCGAUGACAGCACCCGGUUCACCGAUUGUGGCGCCAUCGUCGAUGACUGAGCCACAUGCGGCAGUCCCUGUGUUGGUUGAUAAAGCGGAGUUGGAGUUGCCAGGGAAUGGGGAUGGUAGGGAUCGGGCCGGUGCGGCUGGGUUGGGGGAGGAAGAGGAGGAGGAAGAGGAGAUAAUUGACGAAUUGGAGGUGGAUGCGGGAAUGGGCGUUGGGGUUGGAGGGGUGGGUGUUAAUAAGGCGGUGACGACGACGAUUGAGUGGAGGGGUGGGGGAGAGAAGGUCGAAACGGAAGAUGGCGUCCAAGCAGCCACCCUUCAAUUACGUCCGGGAACCCACCACCUAAAAUUCAUCGUCGACGGCAUAAUGAGUACAUCCGACCAACUCCCCACUGCGGUCGACUUCACCAACCACCUGGUAAACUACAUCGAAGUCAGUCCAAAGCCCGAAGAGCUCCCCCGCCCUCGCCGCGAAUCCGAUCGCGACCGGCCUCCAAAAUACGCCAUACCUCCUGGCCUCUACCCACCCCAAGUGCUCCCAGAGACCCUCGAAAUCCACCCGGACCACGACUCAGACCGCGACUACGCAUCUGACUCUUCAGACACCUCCUCCCGACACCGGCAACGCCAACAACAACGCCAACCGCCAGAGGAAGAGAUCCCGCUUGGCGAUUUCCGAAACAUUAUCCCGCCGUUCCUAACCGAUAUAGACGGCGACGAAGACGGGCCCCGCUACCAGCAGGCGGCAAAUGUGAUUGGCGACGCGUCCGUACCUCCUAUGCUGCCGCUUUUGCUUGGGCGGUCAAUAUUGAACAGCGCGACGCCCAUGAAGGAUGAUAGCAGUGUGCUGAAUGUGCCGAAUCAUACGGUGCUAAAUCAUUUGGCAACGAGUAGUAUUAAAAACGGGGUGUUGGCAACAAGCGUGACAACGAGAUACAAGACGAAGUGCGUUACAACGAUCGUGUAUAAGCCGACCGGCGAUAUUACGGGAUAA